AUGUCAAAAAGCGUCGGCGACGACAUUCAUAACGCUAAAAGAGACAAAUUUCCACGGGGAUCAGUGGGGAUGCAAACGUUUGAAAUGGUUGGGUGUGAUGAGACGGUCGCUUCGAGGCAGCAGGGUAAGCCGCUGCCAAUUCGUAUUAUAUCGCUGAGAGAAGGUUUACGACCGUGUUGCGGUGACAGCACGCUCGGGUGCUCCCGGGAGCUCUGCGGACGUUUUAUACAUUAUCUAUCUAUCUCAGUUUGUGCAUUAUCUAACUAUCUUUCUAUCUAUCUCCGCGUAUUAUCUAUCUAUCUAUCUAUCUAUCUAUCUAUCUAUCUAUCUAUCUAUCUAUCUCAGUUUGUGCAUUAUCUAUCUAUCUAUCUAUCUAUCUAUCUAUCUAUCUAUCCCAGUUUGUGCAUUAUCUAUCUUUCUCCCCAGUUUGUGCAUUAUCUAUCUUCUAUCUAUCUCAUUUAUUAUCUAUCUAUCUAUCUAUCUAUCCUCAGUUUGAGCAUUAUCUAUCUAUCCCAGCUUGUGCAUUAUCUAUCCAUCUAUCUAUCUUUCCCAUCCAUCCCCGUGCAUAUGUAUCCAUCCAUCCAUCUAUCUAUCCAUCUCCAUCCAUCUAUCCAUCUAUCCCAGUUUGUGCAUUAUCUAUCCUCCAUCCAUCCAUCUAUCCAUCUAUCCAUCUAUCUCAGUUUGUGCAUUAUCUAUUCAUCUCAGUUUGUGCAUUAUCUAUCUAUCUAUAUAUCUAUCUAUCUAUCUAUCUAUCUCAGUUUGUGCAUUAUCUAUCUAUCUAUCUAUCUAUCUAUCUAUCUCAUUUUGUGCAUUAUCUAUCUAUCUAUCUAUCUCAGUUUGUGCAUUAUCUAUUCAUCUCAGUUUGUGCAUUAUCUAUCUAUCUAUCUAUCUAUCUAUCUCAUUUUGUGCAUUAUCUAUCUAUCUAUCUAUCUAUCUAUCUAUCUAUCUAUCUAUCUCAGUUUGUGCAUUAUCUAUUCAUCUCAGUUUGUGCAUUAUCUAUCUAUCUAUCUAUCUAUCUCAUUUUGUGCAUUAUCUAUCUAUCUAUCUAUCUCAUUUUGUGCAUUAUCUAUCUAUCUAUCUAUCUAUCUAUCUAUCUAUCUAUCUAUCUAUCUCAGUUUGUGCAUUAUCUAUCUAUCUAUCUAUCUAUCUAUCUAUCUAUCUAUCUAUGUUACUAUUUAUCUCUGUGCAUUAUCUAUCUAUCUAUCUCAUUUUGUGCAUUAUCUAUCUAUCUACUAUCUAAAGAUAUUGGAAAGGGGGCCGUUUUUUUUUUAUUUUUUCGCGUUCUCUUUUUAUCUCUAUAUUCUGUAUAUUUCCUUCUGUUUUCCUUUUCAUACUUUUAAUAUUUAUUCUUCCUUUCUCUCUCUCUCUCUUUCUCUCUCUCUACCUACCUUCGUUUCAUUUUUGCUUCAUUUCUUCCUUUUGUUAUUCAUUAUGUUCGUUUAUGUUCUUACUUUUUUGCUUCUAAUCUUUUAUCCUUUUCUUUCUUUCUUUCCUUCCUACAUUCAUUUUUCUUCUUUAUAUCUUUCUUUCUUUCUCUCUUUCUUUCUUUCUUUCUCUUUUUUCUUUAUUUUUUCUGACUUCUUUCUUUUUUCUUUCUUUCCUUGUGACUUCUUUCUUUCUUUUUCUUUCUUUCUUUUUCUUCUUUCUUUCUUUCUUUCUUUCUUUCAACAGGAAUCUGUAAAACUGAUAUGUUUUUUUUUAUUUUCAAUUAUUAUUAUUACUAUUAUUAUUAUUAUUAUUAUUAUUAUUUUUCUCGCUCUUUCCCUAUCUAUCUAUCUAUCUAUCUAUCUAUCUAUCUAUCUAUAUUCUCUCUUUCUUUCUAAUCUAUUCAUAUCUAUCUCAGUCUAUUCAUAUCUACCUACCUACUUAUCUAUCUAUCUAUCGGACGACGACCACAUUCAUUGA